GGCUGCCGCCUACCGGUGCUGCGGCGGAAUCAGGACAACGAAGAUGAGUGGCCUCUGGCUGAGAUUCUGAGCGUGAAGGACAUCAGUGGUCGGAAGCUUUUCUACGUCCAUUACAUUGAUUUCAACAAACGCCUGGAUGAAUGGGUGACCCAUGAGCGGCUGGACCUAAAGAAGAUCCAGUUCCCCAAGAAAGAGGCCAAGACUCCCACCAAAAACGGACUUCCUGGGUCCCGCCCUGGCUCUCCAGAGAGAGAGGUGCCGGCCUCCGCCCAGGCCAGCGGGAAGACUUUGCCAAUCCCGGUCCAGAUCACACUCCGCUUCAACCUGCCCAAGGAGCGGGAGGCCAUUCCCGGUGGCGAGCCCGACCAGCCGCUCUCCUCCAGCUCCUGCCUGCAGCCCAAUCACCGCUCAACGAAACGGAAGGUGGAGGUGGUUUCACCAGCAACUCCAGUGCCCAGCGAGACAGCCCCAGCGUCAGUUUUUCCCCAGAAUGGAUCAGCCCGUAGGGCAGUGGCAGCUCAGCCAGGACGGAAGCGAAAAUCGAAUUGCUUGGGCACUGAUGAGGACUCUCAGGACAGCUCUGAUGGAAUACCAUCUGCGCCACGCAUGACUGGUAGCCUGGUGUCUGACCGUAGCCACGACGACAUUGUCACCCGGAUGAAGAACAUUGAGUGUAUUGAGCUGGGCCGUCACCGCCUCAAGCCGUGGUACUUCUCUCCAUACCCACAGGAGCUCACCACGUUGCCUGUCCUCUACCUGUGCGAGUUCUGCCUCAAGUAUGGCCGUAGCCUCAAGUGUCUACAACGUCACUUGACCAAGUGUGACCUGCGACAUCCUCCAGGGAAUGAGAUUUAUCGCAAAGGCACCAUCUCCUUCUUUGAGAUUGAUGGACGUAAAAAUAAGAGUUAUUCCCAGAAUCUGUGUCUUUUGGCCAAGUGUUUCCUCGACCACAAAACAUUGUACUACGACACAGAUCCCUUCCUCUUCUACGUCAUGACUGAGUAUGACUGCAAGGGCUUCCACAUUGUGGGCUACUUCUCCAAGGAAAAGGAGUCAACAGAAGACUACAACGUAGCCUGCAUCCUGACCUUGCCUCCCUACCAGCGUCGGGGCUACGGCAAGCUGCUGAUUGAGUUCAGCUAUGAACUUUCCAAAGUGGAAGGGAAAACAGGGACCCCCGAGAAGCCCCUCUCGGAUCUUGGCCUCCUGUCUUAUCGAAGUUACUGGUCCCAGACCAUCCUGGAGAUCCUGAUGGGUCUGAAGUCGGAGAGCGGGGAGAGGCCACAGAUCACCAUCAAUGAGAUCAGUGAAAUCACCAGUAUCAAGAAGGAGGAUGUUAUCUCUACCUUGCAGUACCUCAACCUCAUCAACUACUAUAAGGGCCAGUAUAUUCUCACACUGUCAGAGGACAUCGUGGAUGGGCAUGAGCGAGCUAUGCUCAAACGGCUCCUUCGAAUCGACUCCAAGUGUCUGCACUUCACUCCCAAGGACUGGAGCAAGAGGGGAAAGUGGUGACUGGCACUACUCAUUGCAGUGCCA